AUAGAGCAAGCAGUUUCUCCAAAAAAAAAAUAGAGCAAGCAGAGCUGUGUACCACUAAACUGCAAAACUUUAUACACUGAUAUGCUUCCAUCAAUCACACCAUAUACCCAGUAGUAUUUUUUCUUUUCUUUUUAUGUUUUGGUUUCUCAUAUACACAGUUAUCCACAAUAUCGAUCACUUAGUUCAUUCUACAUCUAAACGAAAAACAGAGAGAGUCUGAUACCACGGUCAGCAGGCAACAACUCCGGAUGGCAAGCUAUAGAGGACUCAGAGCGUUGCAUAUCUGCAGUGUGAAGGACCAAAGCUUUUGUCUAGAGCAUUGAACAGGGGACACGAUGUGAACACGUGAUCAAUUUUGAAGACGUGUCAGAUUUAGUGCAUAGGACCCAAAUCAGACCCCCGCCAAGAGCCCUAUAGUUAAGUAAUAUGGUUAUGAGUUAUCAAAUUCUCAAAAAAACUGUUAGUGUUAUGAGUUAUUUUUGCCAUCAGCAAGGGAACGGUGCAAGGAAUAAUCAAGACAUUGAGAGGCAAUUUCUUAAGAAUGGUGGAGGUGAUUCAGUGAAAGAAACAACGGCACAGAAGAAAAUUCUUGAUCCAAGGAAGGCAUUCCUUAAAAGGUGGAAUGUAGGAUUUGUAUUGUCAUGCGUGAUUGCAGUAUCUUUGGAUCCUCUGUUCUUUUAUCUUCCUGUGAUCAAUGAAGAAAAGAAGUGCAUUCGGUUAGACAAGAAGUUGUGGAUCACAGCUAUCGUUUUGCGAUCCUUCUUCGAUAUCAUUUACCUGCUGCAUAUCAUAUUGCAAUUUCGCACUGGUUUUAUAGACAAGAAGCUUCUGAAAAGUGGAAAAUCUGAGUUGAAUAAAGAUGCUUGGAAAAUAGCUCGUAAAUAUUUAUGGCCGUGGUUCUUAUUCGACAUUAUAACUAUUCUUCCCAUCCCGCAGGUGGUGACUCUGACUAUUUUUUCAGAAAUGAGAGGCACGAAAUCUUCAAAAAAAGUAAAAUUCUUGAACUCUAUCGUUCUCUUCCAAUAUGUGCCAAGAGUUACUCAAAUCUACCUAUCUUGGAAGAAACUAAUAACAAAUAACAAGAAAUUUGAUAGAAUCGUGCUGGUCAAAGCUUCAUUGAAUUUCAUUCUAUACAUCCUUGCUGGUCAUGUAUUGGGAGCCUUCUGGUAUUUUUUCUCUACUCAACGACUGGCGGCUUGUUGGCAUGAAGCGUGUGGUCAAAAUCGUAGUAGAUGUGUUGGAAUUUCUUUUGAUUGUGACCACAGUAUUGGAAAUCUGUCUUUUAUAAAUGAUAUUUGCUCUUUAAAUACUGAAAACAAAACGUCCUUUGACUUUGGAAUAUUUCUUAAAGCCCUUCAAUCUGGUGUCUUAGAAUCUGAAGAUUUUCCACAAAAAUUAUUUUACAGUUUCUGGUGGGGCAUGCGAAAUCUGAGUUCUCUUGGUCAAAACCUUGAAACAAGUAACUACAUAUGGGAAAACUGCUUUGCACUUGGUAUUUCCAUCUUUGGAUUGGUACUAUUUUUAUAUUUCAUGGGAAAUUUGCAGAUGUACAUGCAGUGGACAGCAAAAAAAUCUAUUAAAAAUUGGGAUAACGUACGCAAGAAGAUGAAGUCGAGUAAACGACAAAAGCAAAAAAAAAUCAUGAGAUCGUGGAUUUCCCAACGGGGCUUUGAUAGUACCAUUAAAACCGAGAUUAUGAGGAACAUAGAACAGAGAUUUGAAGAAGACGAAGAUGUUUAUGUGGAGAACCUGAUACCUGAUCUUCCUCCAGAACUUCAAAGCAAUGUCAAGCACCAUCUCUGCUUAAAUCUUCUAAAGAAUCUGAAAUUCGUAAAAGACAAUGGGUUGGCGGCUAAGCAUGAACAACUGUUGCUUAAGAUCUGCGACUCUCUCAAACCAAAGUUCUACAAAGAGCACUGCUACAUUGUUCAGGAGGGAGACCCAAUUGAUGCGGUUUUUUUUAUUACGGAAGGCACUGUAUGGACUUGCACAAGCAGUAGUAAUGGUGGUGAAGACUCCCAACAUGCUGAGCGGCUUGAAAAAAAUUUCUUUGGAGAAGAACUUCUUGAAUGGGUUAUGAAACCUUCCUCCGCAGACAUGUACAAUCUAUCCAAACUCCCCAUUUACUCAAAAACACUCAAAACCCACACAAAAGUGGAAGCCUUUGCUCUAAUGGCCUCCGACUUGAAGCAAAUAUGGCAUUCUAAGUUGUCACAAUUUGGCCCUGAAGAACUGCAAUCCCAGGCAGCUUCCCGUGUACAACGAAUUUGGCGUGGGCACCGCGAUCACCCAAAGACGGAUGGUGCUGUUGUUGAAUCGAAGGAACCUUCUAUUUUACAACGAAUCUGACACUGUUGUUGCAAAGCAUUAGUUUGUUUUGAUGUCUAACAUGUACUAAGUUUUGAUGGACUGGUUAGUUUUUUUUCUACUUAUAGAGCUGCUGCUCUUCUUCUUUUUUGAUGGAUUGUGAAUAUGGUAAUGGUAGAAUUAGAGUAAAUUGUUUAGGGUAACAUAUGUCUGCACCUUCUAAUUAUUCAAGUUUGUAAGUAGUAGCUCAUUAUGUUUCAUUCAUUUGUGUUACUAGUGCAAUGUAUGGACACCAUGAAACAAAGGUGUGUAAACACAAAUUUUUCCAAUGAUAGAAAAUUAAACAA